AUGCUCCAGCAGAAUGCUGUUUCAGAGGCGAGGGAAUUGCGGGAGAAAAUGACGACAGCUGAGCAAGAACUGGAAGUCUGUAGGGACGAUUUGUUCAGACUGCAGCCCGUAUGUCGGAUAUCUGACGGGAGCAUCAUCGGCGCCUUUGAGUCGCUCAGCGAACAGCUCAUCAACUGGAUCGACAGCGAGACCCCCGCUUUCGAAAAGGCCAACCCAGACGCCCAUGAAUCUUUCCUUAUCUCCGGCAGGCAAAAACUCAGACGUCGCAAGUUUCUUACAAAUGCUUCCAUCAGCCGGCGAAUACCUGUGCAGACACAAGAUCAAUCGCUACUUGUGAGAACAUCACGGGAUGGCGGUUUCAAGCCACCAAGUAGUUUGAGAGCACGCCUCCCAGACCCUCUCGCCAUUGUGCUGUGUCUAAUUAUAUCAGAUUCCCAGACGGUCUAUAUCUGGCGCACGGAGACUCUGAGCGCUCUUGCGACGACUCAAGAAUGCACAGACCUUAAAGAAGUACAGAUUAUUCAAUGCACGCCAGCCCUUUUCGAGAACCUGUCGGUAUCCUUCCCUGAUUUCCUCGGACGAGAAGAGGUCCUGAACAGAAUCCACGACCGAGUCACAGUGCCAGCAGCGAUCAUCGUCUCAGAGCUCCAUGGAUCAGCUUUAGUGUAUAGACUCGACAUCCAGCGUUUCACCAAAGACGACCUUGAGACAGUCAUUGUGAUCGAUGUGGAGACAGAAAAGACUCUGAGGCCUGGUAGCGCGAUUGUCUCGGAUAGAGGCACAGUCAUUGGAGAUUUUGUCUUGUCUCUGGAGCCAAGUCUUCAUCGUGUGAGUGAGGUGGGGGGGUGA